AUGGAUCCUACAUCUUUUGGAAUGGUGAAAGGAGAGGUUCAACGCCUUCCUUUCAAAGACGAUAAAGUGAAAGCAAUUGCUUAUGCUCAAGGAUAUUUCUACGCAGAGCAAGUCGGAGAACUGAUGAGAGAGUUCGGUUUUGACGAUGAUCGCCUUAGAGGACUGCAAGCUUGUGUUGGGAAAAUGUUGCCAGCGACGUGUGCCAGCGUAACAUCGAUUCUGAGGGCUUUUUCCUUCGACAAAAACAAGAUUCAGGCGCUUGAGCUGGUCGUUGUACAAGUCACCGAUCCACUGAACUUUCUUGUUUUUAACGACGUAUUUUCCUUCAUGAAAGAUCGGCAGCGAGUCAGCGUUAUUAUGCAAAGGAGGGCAAGUAUGCCUCCUCCACAACCGCCUGCCUUUGUGAACCCCGCUGUAGCAGGCAAUCCUUAUCCAUACGGUAGACCUAAGCCGAGUGUGGAUCCCAACGACCCACUUUACAGAGCUGUUGACGGUGCAGUAAGUGGUGUUGCAUCUGUAGUUGACAGUGCUUGUGGUGCCUUGUUUGGUCGGCCUUCACGUCCUGGUGCUGUUGUUGUACAGCGGCCAGUUGCAUACCAAACAACAGCCACUACCUAUGUCACACCUCCAGGGCCAGGGGUGCAGAUUUUGAAUGUCCCACCAGGUGCGACAGUGACAACCAUUCCACAAGCAGCACCAGGGUACCAGCAUUACCCACAUGGUUCUUACCCCAUGGGACAGGCACCACCUCCAUAUCAUCCUGGAGGAUAUCCAACCCAACAAUGGAAGUGA